GAUUUGGCACUUGGGUAGGUAGAUGAAAGCCAAUGAUAAAGUUGCUAAGUACGGCAUAUCAUGGAUUGAAUCAUUCAAAAGUUAAGUGAAGAACAUCAUUCCUGAUGGCUUGAGUAUCCGCCUUCACUUCCCUUUUCCCUUUCAACCUUGGAACCAGAACUACUGGGGCACAGGUAGUGUCUCAACGUCAUUGAAAAAUUGACAUCGAGCUUCUAAGAAAUCGCCAUCAUUCUCUCUGUUGAUUCACCAAACAAUCGGCGUAGUUAUUAUUUGUUCAUAUAAGAUACAUGUUUAUUGCCGCGUUUGUCACUUCAUGCGCAUUGGAACUCUACAAUUCAACAUGCAUCCCAGGAAUAUGCCCGGAAUGGUACACGAGAGGUCGCCACUCAUUCAACAUGAAGAAGCUGGUGACAACAAAGAAUUGCUCGAAUUCUCAGAGCACGAUGAUGAAAACCCGAGAAAUUGGUCGAAGUGGAAGAAACUGGGGAACAUCGCUGUCAUUGCAACUAUGGCCAUUUUAUCGCCACUUGCAAGUAGUAUGUUUGCACCUGGCAUCGAUCAGAUCGCGGAAUCGUUGGACACAACAGCUCAGGCUGUAAUUGCAUGUCAAACCGGCUUCGUUAUCAUGCUUGGAAUUGGACCUCUUUUGCUUGCUCCUCUGUCUGAAACCUUCGGUCGAAAGCCGGUCUACUUGGUCUGCUUUGGAAUCUUUACGUUGCUCCAGAUUCCAACCGCACUAAGUCCAAAUAUCGCUACACUAAUCGCAUUUCGCUCCCUCGCUGGAUUCUUUGGGAGUGUUUCCAUUGCCAAUGGAGGUGGAACUAUCUCUGACAUGUAUCCGCCGAGUGAACGAGCAGGUGUUUUCGGAUGGUAUCUCCUGGGGCCGCUUUUGGGACCGACAAUAGGGCCUCUGAUUGGUGGCAUUAUUCUGCAAAAUUUGGAAUGGCCAUGGCUAUUUUGGAUCUUGUUGAUGAUAUGCGGCGUCGUUUUCGCUGGUGUAUAUUUUUUUCUGCACGAAACCUACGUUCCUAUUCUUCUUGCUCAUCGAAAGAAGGAGCUUGAAGAUUGCUCAGACGUUAAAUACUAUUUCGAAGGAGAAGACUUGAGACCGUUUUCAUCGAAAGCUAUUCAAGCAGUUCAUCGACCGCUCAAGAUACUAUUCACUCAACCUAUAGUUUUGAUUAUGUCAACUUAUCAAGCUCUUAUUUUUGCCACAACAUAUAGUCUUUAUACCCAAUUCUCACGAAUCUAUGGCGAUGGAUAUGGGUUCAGCACUGUUCAAGUAGGACUUGUAUAUCUUGCCCCAGGACUCGGGUUUCUUUCGGCAGUAAGAUUUCUAGUUCCGAGAAUCGACGAUAUCCGGAAUCACCUUACACGCAAAAACAAGGGCGAAGCAAAACCUGAAUUUCGUCUUCCUCUUGCAAACAUCGGCUCAGUUUUAAUUCCCAUCACGCUAUUUUCGUUUGCCUGGAUGGUGGAGUACCACGUACACUGGGCCUUCACACUCAUCGCUACUUUCUUUUAUGGUAUUGGACAAGUCGCUAUUUUCAAUACCGUACAGAAUUAUUACAUCGAUAGUUUCGAGAAAUAUGCGGCAAGUGCCAUCGCAGCUGGAGCGUUUUUUAGAAGUCUUUUCGGAGGGAUUGUACCUCUAAUUACGCCAAGCAUUUUGGACAACAUUGGAGUUGGGUGGGGACUGAGUAUUUUUGCAUUUUUGAGUGUUGCGAUUGCCCCAAGUCCUAUACUCUUUUAUUACUAUGGCGACUCAUUACGAAAAAGAUUCUCAAUAGACUUGGAGUAAGAAGGUCUCCUUGAUUCUGAUAGUUAUUGAACAUACAACACUUCGGUAUCCGCUUUUCCAAUGUGGACAGUCA